GACCGAAGUAUUUCUUAUCGUACUUGACUGGUAUCGUAACCUAGUUCAGACUUGUUAUAAUCUUUGGUCUGGUUGUGCGCUGCGGCAGCUUCCUCUCUACCUAGAUUACAGAUCUCGAUCUCUCUCUCGCUAUGUCUCACGUUGAUAACAGGAACUCUUCGGCAACCAAACGGGCUCGAACCGAUGGUGGACGUAGGGAGGAUGACUGGACUUGUCCUACUUGUGGUAAUGUCAAUUUUUCAUUUAGAACUACGUGCAAUAUGCGUAAUUGUACGCAGUCGAGACCAGCUGAUCAUAACUCGAAAUUUGCUGCUAGGCCAAUGCAUACCCCUCAGGGCUACUCGUCCUCAGCUCCCUAUGUAGGUGCUGGUGCGGCUUCAAACUAUAUGGGUGUGCCACCUUAUGGUUCGUCUCUCUUCAACCAGACAGGUAUGCCUCCUUAUAAUGCUCCCUUCUCGGGGAGCUCUAAUUAUCACUACAACUAUGAAAACCGUAUGUCUGGAGGCAGCCCAUUUCGUCAGCUGCAUUUAUCUGGUCCGACAUCUUAUUCUACUGGAGCUACUAUGAUGGGAAAUGGUGGAAUGUAUACUGUGCCUCCCAUGAUGAACCGAUAUGGCAUGGGUUUGCCAUUGGGACACGCUGAUCUGGGACCAAGACCUGGUUUUUUCCCAGAAGAUAAAGCUCUGAAGAGAAAUGCAGAGGGCACACGUGACAAUGAUUGGACAUGUCCUAAGUGCGGAAAUGUCAACUUCUCAUUUAGAACAGUCUGUAACAUGAGGAAGUGCAACACGGAAAAGCCCGGAUCUCAGGCUGUCAAGUCUGGGAAGAAUUCUAAGCCUGAGAUGCCUGAGGGGAGCUGGAAGUGUGAGAAAUGCAACAACAUCAAUUAUCCUUUCAGGACAAAGUGUAAUAGGCAAAAUUGUGGGGCUGAUAAGCCAUCGGACACCAGGAAGUCCCCUCCGGAACCAGUGGAUGAUAAUGAUCAGUGAGUACUAGGCAUGUUUGUGGGUUGAGAAGGUCCAGAGUUGUCGUUCAGCAUUCCUCAGUAUGGGUCUCCUAAAGUCAGUCGUGUCAUCAUCCUGUUGCAGCAAUUGUCAGUUACCAUGUCUUCUGAUUCGUGUCAAGUUGUUAACUGAAUUUAUGCGGUCUUAUGGAUCCUUUUAUCAGCUACAUAUUGCCUGCCAGUUUGUUCUGGUGAGAGUCCUUGGUUUAGUCAUUUUACAAUAGGGUUUGUACUUUGGCAGUCAUAUUAUGUUAUAGUCAUCUACAAUGCAUUUGUCAAAUGAUCAAGUGUCAUAAAGAACUAUAUUAUGGCAUGCGUAGUGUCAUCCAAACAAUUUGAUAUGUGUCCGCAUUUUAUUGUUAUAUGACCAGGAACUUCAGUA